AUGGGAGCUAAUAUCCUGGAAUCUAAUAUAAGCACCAACUUCACUCCCGGCGGCGACACGGGGACAGUCCACGAAACUGGAGCGGCUCACCCGGGCUAUAUGAUGGUGAUUCUGGCCGUGCUUAUGAUUAUUCUGGUAGUCGUGGUUGUGGCUGGCAACGCACUUGUUAUCCUGGCUUUCAUUGUUGACAAGAGCCUACGAAAUCAAAGCAACUACUUCUUCCUCAACCUUGCCAUUUCUGAUUUUCUUGUUGGUGCAUUCUGCAUCCCUGUAUACAUCCCCUACAACCUGACAGGCCGCUGGGUGCUGGGCAGAGGUCUCUGUAAGCUGUGGCUCCUCAUGGACUACUUGCUCUGCACUGCCUCUGUCUUCAACAUAGUCCUCAUCAGCUAUGACCGGUUCCUCUCCGUCACCAGAGCAGUGAAAUAUAGAGCUCAGCGGAGCAUGACCCACCAUGCUGUGGUGAAGAUGGUGGCUGUGUGGGUGUUGGCCUUCCUUCUCUAUGGCCCUGCCAUUAUCUUCUGGGAGCUGGUUGUGGGUAAAAGCAUUGUCCCUCCCGACGAGUGUUUCGCUGAGUUCUACUGCACCUGGUACUUCCUACUCAGUGCGUCUACGUUUGAGUUCUUCACCCCGUUUAUCUCUGUGACCUUCUUCAACCUGUGCAUCUACCUGAACAUCCAGAGGAGGAACAAGAGCAGGGCUAUCCGUAAGGAGGACACCAAGGCACACAGGGACAGGGGCAGUGUCAGGGACGGGGGUGCUACCUUGUCUGUGUUUUUUGUCAAGACUCGCAAGGUAUCAUCGAGCGAGCCAACUGCUGUUUCAGAGGUGAUAGAGGAGGACGAGGAGCUGUCGCCAUCCUCCUGUGGGGAGCCCAGCAGCGGACACACCUUCAUUCAGAGAAAGAAGGGCCCUUCCUGCCGGAAAACUUCCAGGCUCCUCCAAUUCCAGGCCCCCACCGGGCCCUCCAGCAGGAGCUCAGAGGGCUCCCGCCUCUCCCGUGACAAGAAGAUUGCCAAGUCGCUGGCCAUUAUAGUGUGCAUUUUCGGGAUCUGCUGGGCACCUUACACCCUACUGAUGAUAAUAAGAGCGGCCUGUAGCGGGCGAUGUGUGGAGCACUACUGGUACGAGGUGACUUUUUGGCUCUUGUGGCUGAACUCUGGUAUUAACCCUUUCCUUUACCCUCUCUGCCACAGCAGCUUCCGAAGGGCUUUUGCUAAGAUACUGUGCCCCAAGCGUCAGUCUGUCCAACCUCACAUUGAGACCCAGUCUUGCUAGUGAUGCAACGUAUGGCUGGCUGGAAGUCACUGGAGUAAGAAGACUACUGCAAAUGGAUAUGGAUUUUUUUCUCAGACAUUGUGGAAUGUUGUGUACAUAGCUCAGCCAUGAAUAGGAGUGUGAAACCCUUUUUUAGAUACUCACUUUGGUCUUUGUUAUUCAAAUAUGAUAGAAAAAAUGUUAUUACUGAUAUCCCUAUGUUUUUUGUUUCAGACAAAUCAAAUCCUUCUGUGCCAAGUUUGAAACUUGCACUUAGAGGGUAAAACCAAGUGUUUGUAUUUACAUUUCAGAAGUGAAUCUACAUAUACUGUAAUAUUGAAAUACUACUUGUUGUAGAUAUAUUUGUUGUGUUGUUGCUAAUACAUUCUGGUGUGAAUAGCGUAGGUGCAGAUGCUCCUAGGACUGGGAGGAAAUCUCAAAUCUUAUCAGUGCUUCGUGUCUCUGCCAGUUAUAGAUCUGAAUGGUACUGGUAUACUUGUAAAUGUGCUAUGUAGAAAAAUAUUUUCACUGUUAUUUUCAGUGAAAUGUGAAAGAAUAGUUCAGUGUAAUACCAAAUCAAGUGUUCCUUGGUGUGUGUGAUUUCCAUGUGCUUACCCCUACUUCUACAACACUUUGUUGCGAACUUGGUGAUGACACAGAGGUAAUAUACAGAUGUAGGAUCUUAAUUUGAGCCAGUUUGCUACAGCAGGAAAAUAAUAAUGCAGCAACAGGAAAUGUGAAUGAUGAUGUAAAUUAUAAUUACUGGACAUUUUGGUAGGGGUUCAUACAUUUUUCAUAAGGGUAAAUCAAGUCUUAAAUUUCAAAGUGGAAAUGACAAACUUCAGAAGCCUUUUUAAACCUCCUGCAACAGGGUGAUCAAAUUAAGAUCCUACAUCUUUAUGUAAGAGGGGUCCAUCGAUAAAAUGAAAGGUGAUGAGUGACUAUCAGCCAUUAACCAUACAAUAUACUGGAUGUAGGUUAUCAACUACACAGCAGGGAGUGGAGAGAGUAAUACAAUGUUUGUGUGGCCAAAGGUUUCACGUUGUGGGACAUAUUUAAAGGUUGCUAUGGAGAGGUUUGGUUUGUGUUAGAGGAUUGUAACUUUAAGUUUCAGAUGUACUUCAUUGAAAUGAUGGAUCAUCUGCGAUAUAUUGCCUGUGUCAGUUUAUGGUACAAUGCUUUGGCACUGUGCAUCGCUAAUAGUCAUAACAGAUCACUGUAGCAGAUUGUUUAUGAUAGGUCAAUGUACUGUCUUAGCAUCUAUUAAAAUAUUUGGCCGAGGCUACGAAUGCAGAGUUUUCGCCCCCGCCCUCUUCCUGCUCCUCUGGAAACAUAUUUCUCAAACGAAGGAUUCAAAUCACAUACCGUGCAUGUGUUAUUUUACACACACAUACACGUUUCUCUCUUUCCUCACUCACCCUUUUCUGAACCCUCAACCAAUUUGCCUAAUAUUAAUGAA